AAACAUUCCGCGUACGUUGUCUUGAUCCACACCCUGCGCCCUUUCCAUCCUUCCCUCGCUCGAAGCGGGUGGCCGAUCCACACCUCUUGCUCUUGCUUGGGCUUGGGUGCCAAAUCCCGUCGUCCACCGUGGAAAGAUCCACGCGCUGACCUUUCAGAACUCUAUUCGGCACAAUCUGUCCAUGAACCCGGCCUUUGUCAACAUCGAGCGACCGCUCAGCGAAGGCGGUCUAGGCACAGGCAAAGGCGGCUACUGGAAGGUGUCCGAAGACACCAAAAUGUCUCACCGCGGACGAGGCAAGAAGCCCCGCUUGGAGUCGCCUGCCGACAGUCGGUCCGCUCGUGACCUCCGCAGCCCGACCUGCUUCCCAACAAGCAACGCGCCGCAGAUGCAAACGUAUCCACCACGUCCCCUUGUUCAUCCUCAGACGUCAUUCAAUCCCUACCCGACUUACGCACAUCCCUCGCACACAGCGUUCGCCCCUCCAUCCCAUCACCCAGGUGGCCCGAUUCCGUACCCGAUCCGGGCUGCACCCGCAUUCCCCGACCCCUGCGAACGCGAUCGCAGCACCGCAUACCCCAGCCUUAGCGCUAGCGGCAAUCACAACGUUCUACUCAGCCCUGCUCUCUCGCUUCCAGAUUCAGCCGCUCGCCGCCCGACCACCCCUACUCCAACCCGGCGCACAUCGAGUCUUGAUGUGAGCCCCGGGCGUUCUACUCUGCCACGUAGUUCUCAGCCCCAGCCCCAGCCCCGCCCAGUUCACGCAGUCUACCCACGAGUGUCGCCACCUGCGCUCGUGCGCAGCUCGUACUAUGCCACACAGUCGCCACCAGACUGCCGGAUCGCUACCCCAUCGUGUGAUGGCCUGAGUAGUCUCAUGCAGCUCGCCAAUGCGGCUGAAACCGAUCAUGCCAAAGCCCGCCCUCACGUUGCGCCACAGUUCCCUGCUGCCCCGCAUGCGCCCGUUCCCCACCGGCUGCCCAAUGUCAAUGCGCUCCUGAACGGCACGCCCGUGGGAUCAUCUGAAUGCAGCUCAUCUCCUCGCCUGAUCUACGGAUGACACUGUGUGUAUUGGUGUAGAUAGUGGCAUAUUCAUACGCAUAACCUGUCAAGUUCAGUUGUAUUCGCGGUCCAUAAUGCGAUGCAUAGCCAGUCAGAUCAACGAGGCUACGUUACGGGGACGGGGUUGAGAAGCCUCUUCGCGGGCCUCACACGGUGGGGCGCCCCACUUUGCCGUUGUCGGGCAGUGUCG